GGAAAAGGCCCCUGAAGGGAAACGCCUCAGACUCCGACCAAUCUCCCCCAAGGAGGCCCUCAAAAACUAAACGGGGCUCAGACUCUGACCAGUCUCCACCCAGGGGGCAGCCACCGAGUGGAAGGGACUCGGAUGGAGAUUUGUCACCACCUCGUAGGCCAGGCCAGUCACAGGGCCAAAGGAUGCUAUCUGGUGGAAAGGCAGGCCUGGUUUCUGUGGACAUUCUAAGGAAAGAGCAAAAGGAGAACAGACGCAGAGAAAAACACAAUCAGCCACUUGAAGAUGAAUCGCGUAACGCUCAGGCGAUUUUCAGAGACAAAAGUGGCAAAAGCAGGGAUCUGAAUUCAGAGAGAAAUGAACAGAAAAAGAAAGCUGGUGAAAAAGCGGCAACAGACGAGAAAUACGCUCAGUGGGGAAAAGGGUUGGCACAGAUCCAGAUGCAUCACCAGAAACUUAAGGAAGCGCUGCGCGAAGCCCUUAAGCCACUUGAGGAUCUUGACCGCAUGUUGAGAGAACAGGAAAGAGAAGGCGAUCCUAUGGCUGCAAUGCGCAGGCGUAAAAAGGACCGUGGCACAAAAACACAAGAUAUUUAACUCAAAGAGAAGAGGACAGGAUUCUCCUGUCAAAAAGACCCGGCAUGACUCUCCAGACAUCUCUCCACCAAAGAGAAGUCGGAAGUACUCUCCGGAUGUCUCUCCU